AUGGUGCGGGAGCUGGCGCCGCAGGACAGCGGCGGGGCCUACACUCGUCCCCAGUACUCCUUUGACAACGAGAUCGGGUCCAGCCAGUUUCCGGCCGUGGCGGGGCGCUACCAUCUCUAUGUCGGCAACGCCUGCCCCUGGUGCCACCGCGUGCUGCUGACUCUGGCAGUGCGCGGCAUCGCGGGCGCCGUGACCAUCACGCGGCUGCUGGAUGAGCCUGAGAAUGCGACGCGCGGCGGCUGGGUGAUGCCGCGGGAGGGGGACCCGGCGUUCGGCGCGCGAGACCUCUGGGAGGUGUACGACCGCGGCAGCCCCGGCUUCCGCGGGCGAUGCACCGCGCCGCUCCUGGUGGACCGCGCCACGCGGCGCCUGGUGUGCAACGAGAGCGCGUCCCUGGUGCGGCAGUUUGGCGUGCUGGACCUGCCAGGCGCCAACGGCGUGGAGCUGCGGCCGGCGCACCUGGCAGCACAGAUUGACGAGCUCAACGACUGGAUCUACCCGUCCAUGAACAACGGCGUCUACCGCUGCGGCUUCUCCACCACCCAGGCCGCCUACGACACCGCAGCCAGGGAGCUGCACGACGGCCUGGCGCGCGCUGACGCCAUUCUUGCCGGCAGCCGCUUCCUGGCCGGGGACAGAUUCACCGAGGCGGACCUGCGGCUGUUCCCCACCAUCGUGCGCUUUGACGCCGUGUACGCGGGAAUAUUCCGCUGCGGCCGGAGGCGCGUGGCAGACCACCCCCACCUGGCCGCCUGGAUGCGCGACGUCCACCAGAUCGUUGUGCCAGGGGGCGGCAUGCAGCAGCAGCGGCGCGCCCGAGCAGGGCGUCUACGCGCGGUCGUCGACCCUGCGCCCGCGGCGGCCUGGGCGGUCGCGACCCUCGACGACGUGUACGCGCUGCUUGGCCUGCCGGCUGAAGCUCAGUUUGCUGAGGUGCGCGCUGCGUACCGGCGAUUGGCCGCGGCCAGCCACCCAGACGUGGACGCAUCGCCGAACGCCAGCAACAAGUUCAAGGCCAUCAACCUAGCGCUGGAGGUGCUCAGUGACGAAACCCUGCGGCAGCAGUGCGGCGGCGGCGCGGGCGUGGGGGCGCUGGGCCCCAAGUACUCGUUCCUGCGUGACUACCUCCUGGGGCACGGCUUUGCAGGGGAUGGACCGUCCAUACGCAACGCCGGCAGCGGACGUGCCAGCGGCGGCGGCAUCGGUGGCGCGGGGGCGGCGUCUGUGCGGCAGGAGCGCGGCACUGACGUUUACACAGUGGCCGGGCUGGAGUUUGAGCAGUCCAUAACGGGGGCGGAGAAGUCGCUGUCGCUGACGUCAUACGGAUGCUGCAGAGAGUGCAAGGGCACCGGUGUGGAGUCCGCCGACCGCGCUGCCUUGUGCCCCAUCUGCAGCGGAGCCGGCACCAUCAUGCGCCGCGAGUGGGGCGGCGACGGCAUCGCCCGCCCCCUGCUCCCCGCCGCCUGCCCCGCCUGUUACGGCGCCGGCCGCGCGGCCGCGCGUGCAUGCGGGCGCUGCCGCGGCGAGGGCAGGGCGCGGAUGCUGCGGACCGUGCGGGUGCGAGUGCCGGCCGGCGUCGGGGACGGCCAGAUCCUGCGCGUCAAGGGGCAGGGCGACGCCGGGCGCCGCGGCGGCGCCGCGGGGGACUUGUUCGUGAAGCUGCAGGUCCACGAUCUGGGGCGCGCCGGCAUCGAGCGCGUCGGCGACGACCUGCACAGCAUCCUGCCCUUGGGGCUGUAUGACGCGCUGCUGGGGGUGGAGGUGGCGGUGGCGACAGUGAGGGGGCAGAGGACCAUCAGCGUGCCGGCCGGCACCCAGCACGGCGACGCCCUGCGCCUCGACAACGCCGGCGUCGUGGCCAGCACAGACGGCGGCCUCGUCUACGGCCACCACUACUUCAACGUGCGCGUCAGGGUGCCCCUGGAAGGGGAGGUCACGCCGCGUGCUCGGGAGCUGCUGCUGCAGCUGGCGGCGCUCAGGGGCGCGACGGGCGGGGGCGGGCAGCGCUCUGGCGAUGGUGAUGGCGGUCCGAAGGGGCAGCCAGGGGACGAGCGGCAGCGGCAGCGACAUGCAAAGGGGACCACUCAGCAAGAGCAGCAGCAGCAGCAGAAGCAGCAGCAGCAGCAGCCGCAGAAGCUCCAGCAGCAGUAG